GGCUGGGCGGGGCGCGAGGGAGCGGGGCGGGCCUCCCGACGGGGCGCGCGGCCGAGCGGCCUCGGGUCAAUGACCGCCUCCCCCCGCCCGGGGGCGAUGAAACCCUUUCCCGGCGUCCGCGCUCCCAGUCCGGCCACAACGAAUCGCCGGCCUGGCAGCGCGGUCGGGACACUCGAUUUCCUCCCCAGAGCCCAGGCCUGAGAACCUCCUUGCGUUAGCACUUGGCACUCUGUCCCAUCCAAGUUCAAGUAACGUGCUUUCUGAGGAGUAAAGAAGGUGAACUAAAAAGGGGAAAAGAGACACAAGAAUGUCAGGCAACAAAGAAAGGAAGAGUCAAGGAGUUCCUGAAGAAGCUCUGGCUAAACAAGACACAUCUUCAUUAACUGAUGCUGUCGAGCAAGUUGCACAGCAACAACAAUCACAAACAUCAGAAAUAGAAAAAAACAAAAAAGUUCUGUUCCAUUUGCAGCAAAAAGGCGUUUGUCUGCAAGCCAGGAAUAGGCCUCUCACCAGUAACCAAAUCUGCUGCACCUCGAUCUUGGACUUCGUAGCCUCCAGAGUUAAUGAACUUCAUGAGCUUAAAACACAAAUAGCAUCUGUCUCUGCAGAAACUAAAGAAACAGAAAGGCAAAUUUAUCAGCAAGAUGCUGCCAUACAGAAUACCAAACUUCAGUGUGGAAACCUGGAAAAUCAAAUCAAAUCCUUACAUACAGAAAAUGUGAAGCUUAAAUUUGACAUAGAGGCAGCACAGGAAGAUUUUGAGGAACAAAUGAUAAGAUAUAAUGAAUACUAUGCAAAAAUAAAAGCACAUAAAGAUAGUUUGAGAGAGGUAGAGAGCAAAUGGUCAUUCAUGACUGAACUCAAUGAGAAACGAGACCUUGUUAAAAAACUAAAGACAAUGAAAGAGGAACUUAUGCAGGAUCUCCAAAAUCCAGAAGGAAACCUGAUGAAACAAGUACAGGAAGACAUUACAAACCUAAAGGAUAAAAUUAUAACUGUAAAAGAAUCCAUCAUUGAAAAAACUAGUUUUCUUGAGGAAGAAAAAAAGACACAUGAAAAAUUAAGAAAGGAAAUAGAGGUACAACAUAAGAGAUACGGUGCAAUUCUUAAGCGUUUGCACUGUCAGGUGAACAAGCUUCAGUCAGAUAGAAGACAAUGGCAAUGGAACAUUCAACAGCUGCAAAAAACUGCAGCUGAACUGAGAAAAUGCAUUGGAACGAAAGAUGAACAUGGCCGUAGGGUAAUGUAGUAUAGGGUAAUGCUGAGCACAGACUAUGCCACAAAAAUUAUGGGAUAGAAAGGUGAGAAAAUCCUUUGGGUCGUAACAACUGACAUCCACUAUCAGAGGGCUCUCUUAAUGACAGAUAUGUUUUCUUUUCUUUGAAUCAGUCAUCUGUUUGCUGAAAUGCCUUCCAACCCGAUAAUUGAUAGCAAUAGAGAGACAAUAGGAAGGCUCACAGAAGAAUAGUGAAAGACUCUGUAUGAAUAUUUUGCCUGUAUAAGAUAUAUUGUACUCAUGAAUGCCUGUUUAUAAACAUGUUGCCUUUACUAGCACAUGAAGCAAAAAUUUAGAAGAAAAGAAGCAUUUGAAUUUACAAUGAUUUAAAUUGUUAAGAUAUUUUAAAUGGUUGUCUGUUUCAAGCUACCUGCUUUUUUACCCCUGGCUUCAAAGCAGUCCAUAAAUGUUGACAUUUAUAAUAAGGUUGUUAUGUGUUCAAGGCUUCAGAUAUUUACUUAGUUUUUCUUUUUUAUCCAGAAGGUAACAAUCAUUUUCUUUGCUGUUGGAUAACAUAUUUUUAGAGUGGAGCAAUGUAUACAAUUUUUUGUUCACUUUUCUGUCUGUAUGUUCUUUCUUACUAUUCUAUAGGUAAAUUGAAUUUAUAACAUCAUGUAAGGCAAACAUACCAGCUCUUAAUGUUAACCAGUGUAGACUAACAUAUAUUUUUUCUCAUUGAAAGUCAUAUACUAUGUCCACAGCAACAAACUUGUGCCUUUUAGAAUAAAAGCACUCCUUCUUGUGGCUCCAUUGCGUCAAAUUUUUAGAAGCAGAAACAAAACAUUAAUUAUUGAAGAUAUGGUUUUUAAAUAUUCACUUUUAGGAUUUAAUGAGUUCAAAGCAAUAACAUCAAAAAAGUAUCUUAGGUAAAUUUUCUCCUCACCUUUCUAUGUGCAUAAGAUUCAGUAAGAGUAUAGCUGACAUAAAACCUGAUAAUCUUGUUUGCCUAAUAUUAGUAGUCCUAUUAGCAAUUUGCAUGGCUUAUUAUGGCUAACACUUCAAGUGGCUUAUGCUGUCACACAAUCAGCAUUGGCCCAUGACUCAGAACUAGGUUAUUUUCUUUCUUUCUGCUUUUUUUUAGGAUUAGGGUUAGGGUUAGAGUUAGUAGAUCACAGACAUAAAUGCAAAAUGCAAAAUUAUAAAACUACUAGAAGAUAACAUAGGAGAAAGCCUAGCUAACCAUCAGUAUGGUGAUAUCUUUUUUAGAUACAACACCGAAGGCACAACCCAUGAAAGAAAUAAUUGGUAAACUAGGCUUCAUUAAAAUUAAAAAUGUCUGCUCUGUAAUAGACACUGUCAAGAGAAUAAGACAAGCUAUAGACUGAAAGAAAAUAUUUGCAAAAGGCAAACCUGAUAAAGAACUGUUAUUCAAAAUAUAAAAUAAACUCUUAAAACUCAACAAUAAGAAAACAAAUAACCAGAUUAAAAAAUGGGCCAGGCUUCCCUGGUGGCGCAGUGGUUGCGCGUCCGCCUGCCGAUGCAGGGGAACCGGGUUCGCGCCCCGGUCUGGGAGGAUCCCACAUGCCGCGGAGCGGCUGGGCCCGUGAGCCAUGGCCGCUGAGCCUGCGCGUCCGGAGCCUGUGCUCCGCAACGGGGG